AUGGAAGAACCUAACAAAACUACCAAACACAAAGCUACUAGUCUUCUUCCCCCCAAUCCCAAUUCCUCUCCUCCAGUGGAACAAUUGAAACUUCUUCUAACAACCACCACUCUCUGUAGCUUUCUCUCUCGCUCUCUGUCAGCCCCAUCCUUCUGCGCGAGCCAUGUACCGUCAGAUGUGGGCGCAUCCGACUCCUCCCGCCGGCCAUCAGCGGUGGCAAGAGACUUGGGCUCGCCUCCUUACUCCUUUGACCCUUUGGAUAUGCGGCAUGUAUACAUAAUUUCGGUGAGUCUCCGGUACGGGUAUUAUGGCGACCGUCGGAUGGAGCUUGGGCCGAACUCCUCUCGCUUGAUGACGGCUAGCGCUGUCUUUGUAGAACAUGUUGAAGUGAGAGAUGUUGACAGGAAAGGGGUCUCUCUCUAUGCUUUCUCUGAAGAGCCUGAAUUGAGCCACCAAACCAAUUGGACUGUCUCCAAUUACUUGAUUGUUGGGUCCUAUAGUCGCAAGGGAUUUUCCUUCUGGUUAAACAAGGGUUCAAGGAUAUCCAUGAGAGUGGAAGCUCAUGCCACCACAUUAAAUAAACUCCAAGUUGUUAUGCUUAAAGGGGAACAAAAGAUUGAAAUAUUGCAGCCGGAACAUACAAGUUCUCAAGAUAGCCUUGCCUCUAAGGAACCCAAAUUCGGUAAAGAAGCUGAGUACAAUAUUGAGGAAGAUGACAAGUACUACCUUGACAUCAUAAACACAAAACCUAGAGGCAUAAUCAUAACAUUGAAUGUAAAUGUUUCCUCAACGAUGUAUGACAUUACGAAAGCUAAGGCCAUCUGCUCAACAACAAAGGGUUCGUGCCGGCUCAGACUAGCAUUCCCCAAUACUCACUAUGUCAUACUAACCACACCUAACAAUGGGGAUCUUGGUGAUUGGUACAUUGAGCUUUCAUUUGUGGCCCGUGUCGUAACCUACAUUGCAAUUUUAGGGUUUAUUGUGGUGACUAUUUUUCUUAUAUUGAAAUACCUUGGCGCCUGUGAUGGUGAGAGUAGUACACUAGUAGAAAGAGUAGAGGAAGAAGUUAAUGAGACUUACCCUAUAGUGCCACAGAAGAAUAUUCGACGGACAUAUGGGACAAAUGAAGAAGAUGAAGAAGAUCCAGGAGCCUCUAGUAGCUCCUCAGAGGAAUUAUACGAUGAAAAAUUAUGCAUAAUUUGUUAUGAUGAGCAGCGCAACUCCUUCUUUGUUCCCUGUGGUCAUUGUGCCACCUGCUAUGACUGUGCUCAGAGGAUUAUGGAUGGGGAGAAUAAGGUGGUUUAUUUUUUUUGUGAGUGUGGAAAGAGAAAAAUUGUAUCUGUAACGAGUGAGUGCCAUCAAACUCUUGUGCUCAAAUCCACUGCCUAA